AUGAGAGACGAGCCGUGGAUGUACGACCACGAAUACUGGACCAUUCGUUCAGCUUACCACCAGCCUUUUCAUCAGACCCUCCGCCUCACCAGACCCUCCGCCUACCCUUUCGCCCACCUCUCCGCAAGGCCUUUCUUCCACCCUCCCACCAUCGCACCAGCCGUCACGUCAGCCCUUCUCCAGCAGGCCUUCCGCAAUCCACCAUGCCGCCCAUCUCCGUCCCCUCUCCCUCCAGGCUCAGACAUCCGUGUCUGUGCUCAACAUCUAGAGCACGCGUCCCAGUUAGCUGCCACCAAUACCCACCACCCUACCGGUGAGGUGAACGCCGUAGGCGGACGCAGUUUUGAUCUCACUGCCGGAGCGCCUUCGCCUGGGCGCACUCAGAAGACCAACGCCGGACAGGAGGCCCCCGAGGCCAAGGCCACCGAGCAGGUUGUCAAUGACGGCAAGGAGAGUAGAGACAAGACCUCCCAAAGGACCAUCCAGGUGGAGAGAGGCAAGGAGGCCUCGAAUGGUGCCCUCGAGGCCCUUGACAGCGCUGAGGCCAUCAUUGGUUCCGGUGCCCCGCCUCCACCUCCACUUUCGAGGUCCACCCGUACACCCGUCGAGACUCGUUUCUGA